UUUCCCUGCAUUGCUGAGACUUGGGAAAUGACAUAGGAACCUUAUACCCUAGCUUCCCCAGGUGCAGCAGGCAUCAAGUCCUCAAGCACAUUGAGAUGAGAAAACCCCGGGUACUGUCGGGGCUGGCAGGAGGGGCCAUGAGACCAACUGGCAGUGAAGGAGUUAACCACAGCAGCUGGCUCUUCUCUGCAAGGAAAAACUCCCCCUAGAUGUCUGGCCUCCUGCCAGCACCAAGCACUGAGCUGAAAACUGGAAGUUCACCCUUGUGGCCAGAUCUGCUUCUGUAGAGAGCGCUUGAAGAGGGUAGCAGUCCUGCCACUGCCGUCUGUCCAGGUCUUCAUAAACCCAUCUAUCUGCUUGGCUGACCACUGUUCAUCUGUAAACCUGUUUGUCUGCCUAUCUGUAAGUCCAUCUCUUUCCAAAUGUCUGUCUGACCAUCCUCUCUGUCGAGCUAUCUAACCUGUAUGUCAAUCCAUCUAUUGGUAUCAAGCCCACAAUUUUUCUCUCUGUCCAAUCAUCUGUGAGUCUACUUUUUAUCCACCUGUCCUUUUUUGUCUGACCAUUGGCUUAUCUACCAUCUGUCUCCCCUGUCUCCCUGGACCACUGAAACAUGGCCCAGGGCCACAGGGCCACAGUCGGCUUGGUCCUGCUGGGACUGGGGCUGGCACUGACGAUCAUCGUUCUAGCUGUGGCCCUCUCUCGCCGCCAUGCCCAUUGUGGCCCCAAGGCCUUUGCCCAUGCUGCUGUCGCUGCUGACUCUAAGGUCUGCUCAGACAUUGGACGAGCCAUCCUCCAGCAGCAGGGUUCACCUAUGGACGCCACCAUUGCAGCCCUGAUCUGUUCCGGCGUUGUCAACCCUCAGAGCAUGGGCCUGGGUGGAGGCGUCAUCUUUACCAUCUACAAUGCAACAACAGGAAAGGUGGAGGUCAUCAAUGCCCGGGAGACGGUGCCGGCCAACUAUGACCACAACCUGCUGGACCAAUGUGAAAAGGCUCUGCCACUGGGCACAGGGGCCCAGUGGAUUGGGGUGCCUGGGGAGCUCCGUGGCUAUGCAGAGGCCCACCACCGCCAUGGCCGACUGCCCUGGGCACAGCUGUUCCAGCCCACUAUUGAACUUCUCCGAGGGGGAUACCGCAUGCCCUCUGUCCUGAGCCAGUUCCUGAACAGCAGGUUCCUGCAGCCUUCCUUACAGGCAUCAACCCUGAGGCAGCUCUUCUUCAAUGGGACAGAACCGCUGAGGCCUCAGGACCCAUUUCCUUGGCCUGCGCUGGCCACCACCCUGGAGACUGUGGCCACGGAGGGCGCAGAGGUCUUCUACACAGGGAGGCUGGGCCGGAUGCUGGUGGAGGAUAUUGCCAAGGAAGGGAGCCAGCUGAGUAUGCAGGACCUGGUUACCUUCCAGCCUGAGGUGGUGGAUGCCCUGGAGUUGCCCCUCGGAAACUACACCCUGUACUCACCGCCACCACCUGCGGGGGGUGCCAUUCUCAGCUUCAUCCUCAAUGUGCUGAGAGGGUUCAACUUCUCUGCGGAGUCUGUGGCUAGACCUGAAGGGAGAGUGAGCAUGUAUCAUCACCUUGUGGAAACACUCAAGUUUGCCAGAGGACAAAGGUGGCGGCUGUGGGACCCUCGCAGCCACCCAGAGGUCGAGAAUGCCUCUCAGGACCUGCUAGGGGAGGCUCUGGCCCAGCACAUCCGCCAGCAGAUUGAUGAACGUGGUGAUCACCAGCUCAACCACUACAACCUGGUCGGGACCUGGGACCACAGGAUGGGCACCUCUCAUGUGUCUGUGCUGGGAGAAGAUGGGAGUGCUGUGUCUGCCACCAGCACCAUCAACACACCCUUUGGAGCCAUGGUGUACUCGCCGAGAACAGGCAUCCUCCUCAACAAUGAGCUACUGGACUUAUGCUGGAGAUAUUCACCAGGUUCCAGUGUCACCCCCCAACCAGUUCCAGGUGAGCGGCCUCCAUCAUCCAUGGUACCCUCCAUCUUGGUCAACAAAAACCAAGGGUCAAAGCUAGUGAUUGGUGGAGCUGGUGGGGAACUCAUCAUCUCUGCUGUGGUCCAGACAAUCAUGAACAAGCUGUGGCUUGGCUUUGACCUGACAAAAGCCAUUGCAGCCCCCAUCCUGCACGUCAACAACAACGGCCAUGUGGAGUAUGAGCCCAAAUUCAGCCAGGAGGUGCAGAAAGGGCUACAAGACCGUGGCCAGAACAAGACCCAGAGGCUGUUUUUCCUGAAUGUGGUCCAGGCUGUGUCUCAGGAGGGGACCUGUGUGUAUGCUGUAUCUGACCAGAGGAAAAGUGGAGAGGCAGCCGGCUACUGAGGAGACAGCUUAGCUCAGAGCCAGACUUCUGCCUUGGCUGGACAAGUCCAGGGGACAAAGCAUUUUGGCAGGAUCUAGACCCCUGACGGAGAGGUCAAACUGGAACCGAAAGAGGCAAAGCUGCCAGGGUGGGCUGCCUGCCCUAGACGGACCUGGGUGCCUUGCACCACACUGAUUCCUGGCAGAUGGAUGACUAUGGGGGCUGAGCCUAGUUCUAACCCUUCCCCCACAGCCCCUGGUGGCCAUGCCUUGGCUUCUCUAGCAUUCCCCUGGCUUCUUGCCCACCUUCCCAAUCUGUGUAUCCACCAGUCCAAGAUUAAAGAGGAAUCGGAUGAUAGCCCAGUUCAGUGGUUCUGAGCAGGGGAGAGGACCCUCCGAUACUACCCAGUGGGGUGCAUGCACACAGCAAGCUUCUGUGGUCCUCCAUAAUGCACCACCACAGAGGUGGGGAACCAAGACUCAGACAUGGGCUGGGCCUCACCCAGGCCACCCCUGGACAGAGGCACCCCUACUCUGCUCCAGUCACAGCAUUUUUGGGCACUCAGAUGUUUGGCUAGUCCCUGGUCCUACCUAUUGGUGGGAAGGCAAGGACAUGGCCUGGAGCCCCUGCUCCAUCCAACUCCUAAAGAGCCUUGGCCCUUCUCUGGAUCUUGUCCUCCAUGUCAAGAAAAGGAUGUGCAAAGCAAGACCUGAGACUCCCAGCAGCCUCAAUACCCAUAUGUUUGACACCAGGUUUUCUCAUCCUUGGCAACACUGACAUGUGGGAUAGAAUGAUUCUUUGUGUUGGGGGGCAGCAUUCCUAGCCUCUGCCUGCCUAAUACAAUAACACCCACCACCACAUACACCAAGGGAUGACAACUCAAACUUGAAACAGUGCCACGUCACCCCGGUUGAGAACUGCCUGUGCAAACCAGUGAAUCCCCAACUGCUGUGAGUGGCUUUGCCAGCUGCCAGGGUGGGCUGCCUGCCCCGGGAGCCAACCUAGAUGGACCUGGGUGUCUCGCACCACACUGGUUCCUGGGAACAUUGGUGGGUGUUUGUCACUCCAAAAGUGCUGCUGUGGUUGGUUUUAAUCCAUUCAGGUUGCUAUGAAAAAAUACCAUAAAGUGAGUGGCUUCUGGUAUUUUACAGAACUUAUCACUCAUGUUUCUGGAGGCUGGGAAAUCUGAGAUGAAGGUGCCAGCAGAUUUGGUGUCUGGUGAAGGUCCACCCCUUCAUAGAUGGCACCUUCUAGUUGUUUCCUCAUAUGGUAGAAGAGGAUAGAUAGCUCUCUUUUAUAAGGCACUGGAGUCAUCCCUCAUUAUCUGUGGAGGAUUGGUUCCAAGCCCUUCCAAGGAUACCAAAAUCCAUGACUGCUCAAGUUCCUUUUAUAAAAUAGCAUAGUCUUUGCGCAUAACCUAUGCACAUCCACCCAAACACUAUAAAUCAUCUCCAGAUUACUUAUAAUACCUAAUAACAAGUUGUGUGAAGCACCUAUAAUCCUACUACCCAGGAGGCGGAGGCAGGAGGAUCACAAAUUCAAGGCCUGUCUAGGCAAUUUAGUGAGACCAGGGUGGGGGUCAGCGGGUUCUUGGGUGUAGUUCAGUGGUAGAGUGCAUUCUUAGCAUGUGUGAGGGCCUGGGUUUAAUCCCAGUACCUCAAAACAACAACCAACCCAUGCAGUGUCAAUGCUAUGUAAGUAGUUGAUAUACUGUAUUGUUUAGGAAAUAAUGUAAAAAAGAAAA